UAUCUGUUCACUGUGGAUGAGAAUCAGCAGACGGAUUUAGAAAAAUGAAUGUGAAUAUCAACAUCUUUUUUACAACAGGGGUCACUGUUCUCGUACUAAAUACUGUCCUACCUACAACUGCAAACUCCAGCGUCCUCCUCAAAGAGGGUAAAGCUCCAUUUUACCACAAUGUCACAGUUGAUGGAAAUUCUAAAGGAGCUCCAUGUGUUUUUCCAUUCUUUCACAAUGGAACUAAUUACAGUGACUGUGUUACUUUUGACCACCCUAACCCAUGGUGCAGUACGACUGAUAACUACACCAAAGAUGGACAGUGGGGAGAAUGCCUUGACUAUGAUGUUUGCCUGGUUCCUAAGACUCUAUAUGGCACAAGGUGGAAUUCUGCUUUUAACUCAACCUUUUUUACUUUUUAUGACAUUAACUUGCAUGAAGGAUGGUAUCACUUCACUAAUAACAGUGGAGUCCAUGUGGCCUAUUACUGCUUUAGUAAUAUGUUCAGUGAUACCAGCAAUGAAACCUUGAGGAAUUUCAGUGGAAGCCCCCCAGGAUCUGAUGGCUAUUAUGUGUAUACAUGUGCCACAGUUGUUAGCAGUGCACGGAAUCUAGACUGUGGUGGAGGACUAGUGCUCAACUACCUAGUUCCAAGCAAAGGAACUUACACAACAAGUGAGUCAGUCUAA